UUCUUCUCACACGAGUGUUUAUGUGAGAGAGAGAGAAUUAAGAAAGAGAUUUUCAUAUAUAAUGAUCAAUAACAGACAGUACGUUGGCCUAAUCUUUCUUUGCAGAAAUGGUGCGGUUGGCAUGUAGGUUUAGUUGCAAACUCAUCUAACCCACUUACUCUCUCUGCUAUAUAUAUGUAUGUGUGUGCGCUGUUCCCUCAGCCCCAAAAUAAAAAAACGAAAAUGGCGAUGACAAUAUAUGUUGCUCCAAUGGCAGAAAACAACCCUUCUGGAAAUUCAACUUGCAAGAAAGAGAGACAACAAAUUUCCAUUCCAUUUAUAUGGGAAGAAAGACCAGGAAUACCAAUAAAGGAUUGGAAACCAAAGCCUGUGGUUACUACUAGUGAUGCGUUUACGUUUACACCCCCAGUUAAGCUCAUUGCUUCUGUUCCUUUUGAAUGGGAAGAAAAGCCAGGAACACCACUCCCUUUCUUCUCCCAGACAUCUCCACACGAAAAUAUCAUUGGCUUACCUUCAACUGUUAGGGAUGUGCACCAAGGUGGUGAUGACUUCUGGGCUGGCAUUGGCGAGUACAUCGAUAAGCAUGGUCAUCAUGAAGAAGAUGAGCUGUCAGAAUCAGAAGUUGAGGCAUCUGAUUCUGGAUCAAUAUAUGAAUCCUUCAGCUCAGCCCCUUCUUCCCUCCUAGCUAAUGGCUUCAUACCAACUGUGGACAUUUCAAGUGCUGUUCCUGUGGAGCAAACUUCUCCGACAGCAGACAUACACCACAGCCAGCUAAAGAGUUCUCUUUCACCAACUUCUGAUGCGGGCAGCAGCGUUCUCAGUUAUGCCACUGGAACUACAAGCCUGGUUGGGACUGCUUUUCUGGAAAAGCUCUUCCCUCUAUUAUCACCUAAUACAAGCUUUCUUCAGAACUGCAGCAACCCUGAAAAAGGAGGUUCUCAUGUUCCUCCUAAAGCACUUAAUAACAAUCAAGUACGUGAUAACAAUAGCAGUAUCAAAGUAAGGCAUCCACUAACACUAGGUGAGCUAAUAAUGAUGAGCCGAAGAAGAAGUUACCAAAGGAAAACCGUCCAAAUGCAGAAGCAGAGCAUCUCUAAGGAAAUGAUGGAUAAUGAUGUUUUUGGAAGCUGCAUCCUUGGAAUUGGCAACAGCAUUGGCGAACUGCACAACAAGUGGAAGAGGCAACUGCAACUCAAACUAAUCUGAAAGAUGCGCAUCUUGAUUCACAGUUUGGCACAACUUUGAAAGGGCUUACUGUCCCGUCACCUAUGAAAGCCAUUUCUGUUUCCUAUUCUUAAUUUAAACUUGUGCAACAUG